UUGCCCCGUUGAACACCACCACCUUCUCGAGGGAUGGCGUCGCAUUCUACGUCUUCAACCACCGUCCCCCGUAAAAGAUCCAAAACUCAGAGCGAAGUGGCAGUGAAUCCGAGUUUUGAUGAUCUUCCAUCAAGCCUCUUGGAAGUAAUAAUGUCUCAGCUUGUACUAAAAGAUAACAUCCGUGCCUCAGCUUCUUGCAAAACAUGGCGCGAAGCUGCAGUAUCUAUUCGUGUAGUAGAAAAACACCCUUGGUUUUUUUGUUUUCCUAAACGUGGCACUUCGUUUGAACUCCUCGAUCCGUUACACUGGAAGUCGUACACUUUGAAUCUGCCGGAGCUAGCUGACUCCACUUUGUGUUACUCAAGAGACGGCUGGUUACUUAUGCGUAGAUCUGUCUCAAAAGACAUGUUCUUCUUCAACCCGUUUUCUAGGGAGCUCGUAAGCUUGCCCAAGUUUUAGCAGUCUUUUCUGGUGAUUGCAUUCUCUUGUCCUCCUACGUCGGAUCAUUGUGUU